UUUAUUAACACAUGCGAUAAUUAUACAUCUUUCACAGGUCUGUAAGGGCCACGUAAAGUCGCUUUCCACGUAAAAAUGCCAUUCCCCAGCAUUCCGCAAAACACUCGGAGACGUCACCACUGUUCAAGUACUGGAGGGCUACGCGCCCGGGACCACACCCUCUGCAGCCGAAGCCCCGCCCUCCAGCCCUGUCUCUCCAUUCCUUUUUUCCGGAGCGUGAUAACGUAAGACGUAGGUCACGCACUCUUAGCAACUGGUCCCGGAAGCAAAAGGCAGACAGGCUGCGAAGAAGGCGGAAGGGAGGGUCCGGGUAGGACGGCAGGGGGCGGGGCCGGGCAUGGUAACGGCUCGAAACCCGCGGGGGGCUGGGCCGGAGGGAGGCGGAGGAACCGGUACCCGCCGCCGCCGCCGCUGCUAGUGCUGCUGUCGCUCUACCCUGGUCCGUGUGGCCCUCGUGGGCCCCGCCUCAGCCAUGAUGAUCCACGGCUUUCAGAGCAGCCACCAGGACUUCUCCUUCGGGCCCUGGAAGCUGACGGCGUCCAAGACCCACAUCAUGAAGUCAGCCGAUGUGGAGAAGUUAGCUGAUGAAUUGCAUAUGCCAUCUCUUCCUGAAAUGAUGUUUGGAGACAAUGUUUUAAGAAUCCAGCAUGGCUCUGGCUUUGGAAUUGAGUUCAAUGCUACAGAUGCAUUAAGAUGCGUAAACAACUAUCAAGGAAUGCUUAAAGUAGCCUGUGCUGAAGAAUGGCAGGAAAGCAGGACGGAGGGUGAACACUCCAAGGAGGUUAUUAAACCCUAUGAUUGGACCUAUACAACAGAUUAUAAGGGAACAUUACUUGGAGAAUCUCUUAAAUUAAAGGUUGUACCUACAACAGAUCAUAUAGAUACAGAGAAAUUGAAAGCCAGAGAACAGAUUAAGUUUUUUGAAGAAGUUCUUCUUUUUGAGGAUGAACUUCAUGAUCAUGGAGUUUCAAGCCUGAGUGUGAAAAUUAGAGUCAUGCCUUCUAGUUUUUUCCUGCUGUUGCGGUUUUUCUUGAGAAUUGAUGGAGUACUUAUCAGAAUGAAUGACACGAGACUUUACCAUGAGGCUGACAAGACCUACAUGUUACGAGAAUAUACAUCACGAGAGAGCAAAAUUUCUAACUUAAUGCACGUUCCACCUUCUCUGUUCACGGAACCUAAUGAAAUAUCCCAGUAUUUACCAAUAAAGGAAGCAGUUUAUGAGAAGCUAAUAUUUCCAGAAAAAAUUAUUCCUAACCCAGAAGACUCAAAACAAAGUACACCUGUGGAUUAGAAUGUGAUACAACAUAUGUGCACUGUGGAACUGACCGGACACCUUGGCUAUGUGUAGGGGGUAUUUUUAUGAGAAUUAAUUGCCUUGUUUAUGCCCAGAUAUCUGUAGCCUUAAAGGAAAAAAUAAUAAAGGCUUGUCACAGGCAGGUUCCACCUAACUACUGUUCGUAAUGUCUGUCUUCAAAUUCAUAUUCCAGAGUUUUAUUUUCUGGAGUUAAAUUUGGAUUUCUAAAUUAUCACAAAGUGGUAUCUCAGCAGUAGUGAUGUGUAUGUGUCUCAUGGGUAGUGAGCACAGUCCACAUCCAUCAUGAAGCACUGUCUUGUAACAUGAGAAGGUUAAUUUAAAUCACCGAAUUCCAAUGUCUUUUCACUUUCAUAGGAUUCCUGAUCAUGCAUGUUGAUGUACUGGCUUUUCACUUUGGGCUAUCUGAUGUUUUAUGUACUUCUAAAGAGUUGUAGCUUGCUACCCAGGAAAUUAAUCUCAUAGUUUAAUGAUCCUCACCCACAAAAUUAAAAAAUAUAUAUUCCCCCUAAUUUUAAAUUGACUUUGAAAUUUAAAGGCAGUUUUAAGCAUAGAACCACAAUGACAAACACCUAGUUUUUUGGAGAACUUAAGCUAUUAUAUAUGGAAACAUGAACGUGGUUUGCCGCUGUCAGGGCUAUCUUUCCUCCAUCUUUAGGUGCUUUUUCUUAUGUGUAGUUCUACUUGCACUGGUAUUUUAAACUUUCAUUUUUCAUGCAGCCUCAGAGUGAAUAAAUCCCUUAAAUUUGAUACUGGUACUAAAAAGUGUAAAGGGUUUAUUACCAAUUGUAUUUUGCAAAUAUAAUGUCAAUUCCUAAAGCCACGAGAUUCAUUUCUUCUUAAAAUACUUAGGGUAUAGGUGUGGAGGAGAGGACAUAGUUUAAAAUGUAAAAGCCAAUUUUUCUAUUUUAAGAUUAUUCAUUUUUGUAACAUUAUAGGGAUCCAGUAAAAUAUAACUAGUCUAAGAUCUAGGUAUACAGAAAAUACGUAAAAGUAAAUUUCAAAUCCAUUUGGUUAUUGUGGUGAUGACUCUUUAAACAUUUUUAAAUUAUUUUCUGCCCUUCCAAAUGCUCUUCAUAAAGUGGGGAAUUAUUAUAAAGCACCAAAUAAGGAAUAAUUUGAAAUGGAUUUUUAAAAAUCAUUUUUUGAUGAGCAGGCAGGAAAAAUCAACCCUUUUGUUCUAACUUUAAAUAACUGUUGUACAUAAUUCCACUUGAUAGAUAAAUCAUUAAAUAAUACUUAAUUGAAAGUAUUAGCAAUGCUUUCCAGGUAUCAGCCUGAAUAUAAAUUUUAGUGAAACAAAUACCCUUACAUAUUCAUCAUUGCUCAAACUCUGGUAUAUUGUUGUGAGCCAACAGGCAGAUAUUUUAUUAUCUAAAUUUGGUCACAAAUAAUUUUCAUAUUUGCCUUUGGUAUUUGCCUACAUCUUUAAAGUAUAGGAAAUCAGGAAUUUGUUACUUUAAGAGAACACAUGGUAUGUUCACUAUAUAUUAAAUAUAACUAUAUUUAAUGCUUUCUCUUAGGACAGAAAAGUAUAUAUAUACACACAUACACACACACGUUGUACUUAGCUUUCUGUUUUAUAUGUCAUGCAGAUUUGAACAGAACAGAUUCUGUUCAUGCAAAUUAGAAGAAAUGAAAAACUUGUAAGAAUAUUUAUGAGUUGGAAUUUCUGGCCAAUAUCAUAUUUGUGUGUGUGUGUUCACGCACGCGCACGCACACACGUUUUUUAAAACUUGUUGAUUCAGAUGUCCUGUCUCUGAGUAGUCCUAGAUUGUAUGAUAAUCUUUAUUAAAAAUUAUAGGGAACUAAAAGAAUUGACCUCUUUUUUUCCUUUUAGAGGGAGGGAGGCGGGUAGGAUGAGUGUGCUUCUUACAAUUUUAUUAAUUCCGUGGAGAAUACCAAGAAAAUGUGUAUAUGCCCAUUGCUAAAUGACAUGCGCUGUUUUAUAUUUAUUUGUCCCAAGUGACUUUUUGUAAGAGGAGAAUAAACAAUAAGCAAUUACUGAUC